AUGAACGUUCUUCACAUCUUUGCCGGCCUUGCCGUCGUGGUGCCGGGCAUCUACAUGUUCACUGCUAGCACUGCCCAAUCGACCAUCAAGAACAAGCGUGUCUGUCUCUUGAUUGCGCAUCCCGACGACGAAGCCAUGUUCUUCUCGCCGACCGUCCUCGCCCUCACACGACCCGAGAACGGAAACCACGUCAAGAUCCUAUGCUUGAGCACUGGAGAUGCCGACGGAUUAGGAGACAUUCGCAAGCAGGAGCUGGUCAAGAGCGGUUUGGCGCUUGGACUCCAGAACGAGGAUGAUGUUUUUGUGGUGGAUAACCCCACCGAUUUCCCUGACUCGAUGACGACAAUGUGGGACAAGAACCUGAUCGCUCGUCUGCUAGGAAGCACAUUUGCGCCCAAGUUCGGCCAAGAGCGUAAGAACAACAUGAAGCCUACGGCUAACAUUGACAUCCUCGUCACCUUUGACAGCCACGGCGUAUCUUCCCACCCCAACCAUAUCUCUCUCUACCUGGGUGCCCGAUCCUUUAUCCAGGCUCUCACCACCACCGAGUCGGAGUGGCCAAGCCCUGUCGAUCUAUAUACCCUCACCACUGUGGGUGUUGUGCGCAAGUACUCGGCUUUCAUGGACUUUAUUCCCACGCUGCUUUCGUGGGUCGGCGUCAAGAAGCAGGAUGAGGAGCGUCCUGAGGGGCUCGUCUUCAUGAACCAGCUUGUUGGCCGCGGCGCAUACGGUGCCGCCUGGAGCGCCAUGACCCAAGCACACAGGAGCCAGAUGGUCUGGUUCCGAUAUGGCUGGAUCGCCCUCAGCCGAUACAUGGUCAUCAACGACCUACGUCUCGAGAAGGUCAAGCCGCAGUAA